CGCCGGCAGGGCGCCGCCGCCCGCAUGGAGCCCAACGUGCGCUUUUGGAUCUCCGAACGCCAAUCUUUUUUCCAGAGAUUUCGUCAGUGGACAGAAUUAUUGGAUCCUACAAAUCUGGUCCUUUCAAUUGGAAAAAUAGAGAAAUCAAGGCAACUGUUGUUAACCAGUGAAGAUGCAUACAGAUUUGAUUUGGAGGACCGAAGGAUACAAGAAGCUUGGAAGAGAAGUCUUUCAACAGUGCACCCUGACAACAGCAGGCUGAUCCCUGUCGCCUUUCGCCCUGCAGCUCUCCUGCCUUUCUCAGCGCCCACGGUAUUUUUGUCACUACUGUCAACAAGAAAUCUGAAAUCCAUGAUUUUACCUCAGGCUUCCUUCUAUUCCUACUCCACGGCAUUCAACAUGGUCAAUGGGAACGCCAGCUAUAAUCGUCGCCCACUUGAGAGUAUAUUACUCGGGGCAGGCGUAAUUGCUUCUUCGACCUUUUUUGGAGUAGCCCCCCGUUUGCUGAUGAAGGCGCCCCUGAACAAUGCUUUGUGGCGGAAAGCCCUUCCCGUCCUCCUUGUCGCCCACAUCAGUGGAAUGAAUGUCAUGAUGUCCCGAAGUUUGGAACCCAUGCGGGGGAUUGAGGUCAUGGACAAGGAAGGCAAUGUCAUAGGCUACUCCAGAAAAGCCGGGACGAAGGCUGUGAGGGACACGGCGACAUCCAGGGCGCUGCUCUUUGGGACCUCAGCUCUCAUUCCGGAAGUCUUCUCCUUCUUUUUCAAAAGGUCCCAGAUUUUCCAGCAACAUCCGUGGUCAUUGUGGACCUUAAAGCUGUCCUGUACCGUGCUGGUAAUGGGGCUGAUGGUGCCGGUGUCUUUCAGUAUAUUCCCACAGAUUGGACAGAUACAAUGCAGUCAGCUUGAGAAGGAAAUCCAGGCCGCCACGGAAGAGACGGAGCUCUUCUACAACAGAGGGGUGUAGGGAGGUUUAGGGGAGUUUGUUUGGCUUGAAAACCUUCCUCUCCUCAAGGUUUGCUUUUCAAGAGCUCUGCCAAGUCUCCUGGAAAUCCCAGAGGUGCCGCAGUUCCACUUCCCAGACGGUGUCAAGGCUGGUGGGGUCUUGAGAGAACUGAAGCUGCUGUCCAGUCUGGCCCAGCCCCUCCAGCACCCCUGGGGCUGGGCGAUUCAGAUGCGGUUGUCCAGGGCCGAAAGGCUCCUGAGAGGUUACUAUUAAAUGUUGUGUAAAGCGGAGCAUUUGAAAAAAUUAAAGAAGGGUACCCAGGACACAGGCAUCAGCUGGCCCACCUUGAGAUAAGUAGGAACCUCUGGGGGUCUCCAGCCACAGCAAACAUCCUUUCCUACAGCUUAUCCCUUUCCUGGGCAACUACUUCCACUCUGCUCCAGGCCACCCAGCUCCUUUGUGUCACUGGCUGCCGCCUGGGGAAACCCCCGGCAGUCUGCCAGUGGGGCACCUUCCCCCACCCACACCCACCCCGUCCUCCUCCAGGGAGGGCUGCAGUGCCCUGGGCUCUUCCACCCCUUCCACUUGGCCCGGCCCUGUCGGGUCCCCACAGCCAGCCGCCUCUCCCCCCUGCAGUGAAACUGCUUGAUUCAUGGCCUCAUGAAACAGCAGCCUGUAGAGAGCACGGUCGCCCCUAGGCUGCCCCAGCAUCUCUCUCACCUUGCUCUGCCCCUGGCUGGGCUGCCACUCCAGGCCGCUUAGAUGUCCUCUGACCCGCCCGGCCCUGAGCAUGGCCCCACGUGCCGUUGCAGCCAGCUGUUGGCCACUUCCAUGAAGCCAUACCCCUCCCAGUCUCGGAACUGCAGCGCCCCUUAGUUACUAUCUGGCCUGGCCCUCGGCCUUUUCUUAGCCUCCUCUGUAGCCCCAGCCCAGCGGAGUGAGGUUCUAAGCUUGCCCUGUCUGGGCCCUCUGGUCCGCAGACUCGGUCCAACAGUGCCCCCUGCCGGCACUAAUUCAUCUCUGGUCUGGCUCCCGCCCAGCCAGGCCCCCACCAGCUCUUCCAAAUCUUGUCUGGUUCAAAUGGCUUCCCAGGGCGUUGGGAUCAAGUCCACAUUCCUUCCCAUGGCAGACAAGAGCAUUUUAUCACACACACCGCUUGCCACUCUUUCCUUACUCCGGACCAACAUCCAGUUCCUCGAGUGAGCUGUGGUCACGAUCUGUGCCCAAUCUGUGCCCUCUCGAGGCUACUUCCUGCUUAGGCGUCCUCUGAUGCUAGCCACUCCCUCCAGGAAGCCUUCAGGAGUCACAGUCCUGACUCAGGACUCUCCGCUCCCUGAGCACCUGCCGUACCACAGUGGCUCGUUAGGUGCUCCCUAGACCCCAGGGUACAACACGGUUCCUAGCGACGUCCCGAGCACCUGUGGACUGCAGGAGGCUUCCAACACACCUUGUCCCAAAUCUUCAGACUUUCAAGGCCUUUCAGUUUUUGCUAGGUAAGAAUAGUGGCUCCUUC